AUGACGGCGUUAUUUCAGGGAAUAAAAGGAGUAAUGUAUUAUUUAGAUGAUGUUCUGAUAUCGGGUAAAACAGAAGAAGAGCACAAUACUAGAUUGGUUAAAGUGUUAGAUAUAAUAUUGGGAAAUGGUUUAAGAGCCAAUAUGAAUAAGAGUGUUUUUGGAGUUAAAGAAAUUAAGUAUUUAGGACAUAUUAUUAAGGGUAAUGAAAUUACGCCAAUUGCAAAGAAUAUUGAUAAGAUAAUGAAUAUGAGAGCCCCGAUUAAUAAAACGGAAGUACAGGCGUUUUUAGGAGCAACAAAUUAUUAUCAUCGUUUGGUUCAAAAAUUUACAGAAAUUGCCACUCCGUUGUAUGAUUUAUUAAAGAGAAAUUGA